AAAAGAUCAUUCGAAAUAUGAUUCUGGAACAAGAAUUAUGUCGGAGGACGUUUUCGUACGACAAGCUGGUGCCUCGGAUUAUGAUUCGAGUACGCCUGGAUCUAGUAAGCAACCCAUGGAGGCGAUGAAGCUGGAGGAGGACGAUGCUGGUUUUUUGGAUUUUGCUUUAGCAGGAGAUGGUCAAGGAGACUCGAUGCGUGUCUCCGCGGUUAGAUCGAUGCAGUCGCAGGGGUGGAACAGUUCAGAAGCGCAAGAUUCGAUGCAUGGUUCAAUAAAUAGAGUCCUACAAGCUCAAAGCAGCGAAGAGAGCAACGUCGAAUCAGCGAGGGGAAACGGACAACAGCAGACGUUUCAGUACUACAAAGAGCCAGCAGGGUUAGUAGCGCCUCCGCCAGAGGCCUUCCGUAAAACAGCCAGGUCGGUCCGCUUCGACGCUCGUCCAGAAGUUAACAAUGCAGCAG